AUGUCGAGAAAAUUAACACCGGAAAACGUGAUCGCUUUCACGAAAUUGAGUUUAGUUAUAUCUCUUUCAUGGCCACUACCGGCCGUCGCUACAAAACGACAAGUAAUUCUUUUUAGGGUGUUACGCUUUUUGAUUUACGUGAACAUAUGGUGUCUUUUUGUACCAUUGUUCAUGACCCUUCAGGAUUGGAAUGAACGUCCCGACAUUUGCGUCAAAUCGAUUCCAUUAAUAGCUGGCAGUGCUCAAGCUUUUAUAGAAAUGUGGAUAUGUCACGGACAGCAUAAACAUCUCCAAUUAUUAAUUGCUGAGAUGGAAAACUACUGUAAACAUGCUAUAGGUUUCGAAAAGGAUAUCUUGCAACAGUAUGUCGAUAGAUAUGCGAUAUUUUACGCUGUGACUGCGAUGUGGUUUUAUUUAACAGCGUUUGCUGUUAUUUGCAGUCCACCAUUUUUAUCUCAACCUUUUCCAACAUUUGAUAUGUUGUGCUAUGAAUUACGAAUGAUAUCAAAUGUUUACGAACUGACACGGUGUAUUCGGAAGCACCAACAACUGCUACGAUACGCAAAUGAUGUAACUCAUUCAGUUCGUUUUCUGGUUUUGACAAUAGUUGGAGGUAGUGCAGCGGCAGUAUUAUUCGUCGGUCUCACUCUUGUCAGUCAACAGCCAUUAAUUAUCAAACUGCAAUUUUGUGUGAUAACUUUCACCUGCCUUUCCCAAGUGUUUAUGUGUUGUUGGCCUGCUAACAAUCUAUUGAAUGCAAGUUCAGAUGUUGCCUUAGCGGUUUAUGAAUCGUUAUGGUAUUCUCGCAACGUAUAUAUGCAAAAAAAUUUGCUUCCCAUUUUGUUACGAUGCCAGAAACCAGUUGCUGUUACCGUUACCUGCAUUAUACCUAUUUUAUCCUUAAGAUACUUUGGUUCGUAUAUUUCAACGGCUUUUUCUUAUUUUACAACUUUACGAGUAAUGUUAGAAGAAAAUGAAGCAGACAAAGUUUAAUUAUAAAAUAAAAAUUUAUCACAAGUCUAC